GCGUGCGUGCGCAUGCGCGGAGCGCGGCGCGCGCGGUAGUUGGGUCGCAGGCAGUCCGGCCCUGGGAGCCACCGCGUCUCCUCAGGCAGUGGGCUCCGAGCCGCGAGCCGCCGUGAGCGCUCGGAUUCCAAGCGGCGCCGACGACCUCGGGGGCAUCGCCCGCAGCGGCCAAGCUCAUGGCCGGCUGAGCGGGACGCCGCCGCCGCCUCAGCCACCGCCGCCGCCGCCGCCGCCUCCUCCUCCUCAGCCGGCGGCGGCCCGGGCCCAGCAGCCAUGGCCGAAGACUACUGGGACGGGCGCCUGCGGCGAACCGGAGGAGGAGAAGGAGGUCGCGCGGCCUCAGCGCGGGCCGCCGCCCCAGGCGCCUCCGCGCCGGCCCCGCGGCGCUGAGGUUGCUCGCGCGCCCCCGCCGGUUCAUCACUGCUGCUGCGCCCAAGAAUACCUGCUGCUCCCACAGGGGGGCUGCCUCCCUAGAAACCUGCAUUCCAUCGAUUGGACCCUUGCCCUCAGCCAUCCACCCAAGACUCGGUACUCAGGUCGCCAUGGAUCGGAUGAAGAAGAUCAAACGGCAGCUGUCAAUGACACUCCGAGGGGGCCGAAGUGUAGACAAGACCAACAGUGCCCCUGAACAGAUAGGCCUGGAUGAGAGUGGCGGUGGUGGUGGCAGUGACCUUGGAGAGGCCCCCACCCGCGCUGCUCCAGGGGAACCCUGCUCUGGGCGGGGACUACUCAGCUCUGCACCAGAGAUUGUACACGAGGACUUGAAGAUGGGGUCUGACUUGAAGAUGGGAUCUGAUGGGGAAAGUGACCAGGCUUCAGCCACGUCCUCAGACGAGGUGCAGUCACCAGUGAGGGUGCGCAUGCGCAACCAUCCUCCUCGCAAGAUCUCCACUGAGGACAUCAACAAGCGCCUCUCACUACCAGCUGACAUCCGGCUGCCUGAGGGCUACCUUGAGAAGCUGACCCUCAAUAGCCCCAUCUUUGACAAGCCCCUCAGCCGCCGCCUCCGCCGUGUCAGCUUGUCUGAGAUUGGCUUUGGGAAACUGGAGACCUACAUCAAGCUGGACAAGCUGGGGGAGGGUACCUAUGCCACCGUUUACAAAGGCAAAAGCAAGCUCACAGACAACCUUGUGGCACUCAAGGAGAUCAGACUGGAACAUGAAGAGGGAGCGCCCUGCACCGCCAUCCGAGAAGUGUCCCUGCUUAAGGACCUCAAACAUGCCAACAUCGUCACUCUACAUGACAUUAUCCACACGGAGAAGUCCCUCACCCUUGUCUUUGAGUACCUGGAUAAGGACCUGAAGCAGUACCUGGAUGACUGUGGGAACAUCAUCAACAUGCACAAUGUGAAACUGUUCCUGUUCCAGCUGCUCCGUGGCCUGGCCUACUGCCACCGGCAGAAGGUGCUACACCGAGACCUCAAGCCCCAGAACUUACUCAUCAACGAGAGAGGAGAGCUCAAACUGGCUGACUUCGGUCUGGCCCGGGCCAAGUCAAUUCCAACGAAGACCUACUCCAAUGAGGUGGUGACCCUGUGGUACCGGCCCCCCGACAUCCUGCUCGGGUCCACAGACUACUCCACCCAGAUUGACAUGUGGGGCGUGGGCUGCAUAUUCUACGAGAUGGCCACAGGCCGGCCCCUCUUCCCAGGCUCCACAGUGGAGGAGCAGCUGCACUUCAUCUUCCGCAUCUUGGGAACCCCAACUGAGGAGACAUGGCCAGGCAUCCUGUCCAAUGAAGAGUUCAAGACACACAACUACCCCAAGUACCGUGCCGAGGCCCUUUUGAGCCAUGCACCACGGUCCCUUUGUCCUUGUGGUAGACUUGAUAGCGAUGGGGCUGAUCUCCUCACCAAGCUGCUGCAGCCCCCACCUCAGUUUGAAGGUCGCAAUCGGAUCUCUGCAGAGGACGCCAUGAAACACCCAUUCUUCCUCAGUCUGGGGGAGCGGAUCCACAAACUUCCUGACACUACUUCCAUAUUUGCACUAAAGGAGAUCCAGCUACAAAAGGAGGCCAACCUUCGCUCUUCGUCGAUGCCUGACUCAGGCAGGCCAGCUUUCCGUGUGGUGGACACCGAGUUCUAAGCCACAGACCCAGGCCCCAGCAGGCAGCAGCUGGAGGGAUGCCACACCCCUCACAGGGCAGCCCCCAACUGCAUCCUCCCUUGCUUGCUGCCUGCCUACCUGCCUGAUCCAUGCUCGCCUGCCCACGUGUUCCCUGCUGCCUGUCCAAACAUCCAUUGGCCUGUCUGCUGGGUGCUAACAAAGCUCUCAUCGCUCUUUCA